CAACAGCACAAAUUCUGAGUGCUGUUAGAGAACCUAGGAGGCAGCGCCUCGACCACGCCUGAUUUGUGGCUUUCAUUUCUGACUUUGGUUCUUUCAAUGGGGAAAAUGGUGAAGACACUUGGUUUCAUCAUUGUUGCCACUGUUCUGAUAACGUUUGGGGAAAGCUGGGACGCAGAGAACUGUUCCCAGGAGCAAGCGCGGCUCAGAGCACAGGUGCACCUGCUGGAGACCCGGGUCAAACAGCAACAGGUCAAGAUUGCGCAGCUUCUGCAUGAGAAGGAAAUCCAGCUCCUUGACAGAGGAGAGGAGGAUGGUAUAGUUGACCUUGGCAGCAAGAGGCAGUAUGCAGAUUGUUCAGAGAUUUUCAACGAUGGAUAUAAGAGCAGUGGAUUUUACAAAAUUAAACCUCUCCAGAGCCCAGCAGAAUUCUCUGUUUAUUGCGACAUGUCUGAUGGCGGAGGGUGGACUGUAAUUCAGAGACGAGCUGAUGGCAGCGAAAACUUUAACAGAGACUGGAAUGAUUAUGAAAAUGGCUUUGGAAAUUUUGUCCAAAACAAUGGUGAAUAUUGGUUGGGAAAUAAAAUUCUUCACCUAUUGACCGUACAAGGAGACUACACUUUAAAAAUCGACCUUGAAGAUUUUGAAAAGAAUACCCGUUACGCGCAAUAUAAAAGUUUCAAAGUUGGAGAUGCAAAGAAUUCUUACAUGUUGAAUAUUGGAGAAUAUUCUGGAACUGCUGGAGACUGCCUUUCAGGGAAUUUUCAUCCAGAGAUGCAGUGGUGGGCCAGUCAUCAAAGGAUGAAGUUUAGCACAAGAGACAGAGACAAUGACAACUACAGAGGGAACUGUGCAGAGGAGGAUCAGUCUGGCUGGUGGUUUAACAGGUGUCACUCUGCAAACCUAAAUGGUGUCUACUACAGGGGACCCUACACAGCUGAGACUGACAAUGGGGUUGUGUGGUAUACUUGGCAUGGGUGGUGGUAUUCUUUGAAAUCUGUGGUUAUGAAAAUUAGACCAGAUGAUUUUAUUCCAAAUAUUAUUUAAUUGUACCCUUUAGGCUUUCAUUUCUACAAUUCAUCUUAUUUAAAAUAAUUUGAAAAAUGACAAUUCUGAGCAUACACAUAAUGAUGGCAUUAUUGUGUGUACUAUUUUCAUUAUGUUUACUUGAUUUAUGACUUAGUAUAUUUUGGGUGCAGCAGCUAUACAUUAUUUGCCAAAUAAAGGUAGAUUGUGUUAAUGUUUAUUGAAUUGUUAUUUGUAAAGAGCUCUGAUACAAUUUAUGUUGUACAAAAAAUAAAAUAAAAGCAUAGACUAUAUA